AUGAAGUUCAUAGGAUCACUGUUUGGGAUCAGCUCGCCCAAGAAGAUGGGCAAAGAGUACAUGAAGGUGGGAAGAAAUGCACUUUUCGGGCUGAAGACGAGCCAGCAGGAUGGCCUAUGCACGGAUAAGGUACCUAGACCUUUGUCGUUUCUCAUUUCCAAGAACGGGAAACUCAAACACGGUAGAAUUUCAGCAAUUUUUAUAGGAAUAGUAACGCUUGUCAUCGGCAUUAUUCUGAGCAGUAUACCCUGGGUGGACUAUAUCAUACUGAAGCAACUGCGAUUAUGGAAUGGUUCCCUUUCUUUUCAAUAUUGGCAAAAGCCCGGAGUAGUUCGAUUGACCAAAGUAUACAUAUUCAAUGUGACAAAUACCGAGAACUUCUUGCAAUAUAAUGAAAAACCAAAACUGCAAGAAGUUGGUCCGUUCGUGUACAGGGAAGAUAUGGAAAAAGUUAAUAUUGUUUUCCAUAAUAACGGUACUGUAAGUUAUCAACAUAAAAAAAUAUUAAACUUCGUACCGGAGUUAUCAAAGGACCAGGACCUCAAAGUAAUAGUACCAAACAUACCAUUGCUAACUGUAUCGACUCAAAGUAAAAGCCUACCUCGAUUACUUACUGUAGGAUUAUCCGUGUUUUUGGGCGGAAUGAGUAUGAAACCGUUUGUACCUGUAACUGCUCAAGAACUCGUUUUCGGAUACGACGACCCUUUAAUUAGCAUUGCGCACAAAUUUUUCCCGAAAACAAGACGUCCCAUGAGUCAAAUGGGACUUCUACUUGGGAGAAACGGUACACUAGAUGAGGUGUCUACUAUUUACACGGGGCAUACAGAUAUGAAGGACUUUGGAUUACUAAAUCGUUUAAAUGGACUAAAUCAUCUGCCAUAUUGGUCUGACGCGCCUUGUAACUCUAUUCGAGCGUCAGAGGGAUCGUUUUUUCCACCUCGUGACAAAACUGGCGCCGAUGUCAUUCACGUUUGGGAUAAAGACCUUUGUCGCACUUUGCCUUUAAAAUAUCGUGGUCCAACUGAAAAAUCGGGAAUUAAGGCAGAUUUAUACAUUCCUCCUGAUGGGGUGUUUGAUCGUCCUAAUGGCACUACUUCGGAAAAUAUAUGCUUUUGUUCGAAUGAUAUGUCAACGUGUCCUAUGGAUGGAUUACAAAAUAUUAGUCCUUGCCAGUAUAGUGCGCCAGUCUAUCUUUCUUUUCCUCAUUUCUACAAAGCAGAUCCUAGUUUAUUAAACGCAGUUCAUGGUUUAAAUCCAGAUCGAGAUAGACAUGAAACUUAUUUUAAAAUUCAACCAAAACUCGGUGUGCCACUAGAAGGGAAAGUCCGUGUACAGUUAAACUUAAAGGUCGAACACCAGCCGCAAAUCGGUGUCGUAUCGAGCUUUACCGACAUCGUAUUCCCUAUCAUGUGGCUUGAAGAGGGUAUCGAAGAAUUGACGCCCUCUAUCCGCAGAUGGGUCUACUUAGCAACGACAUUCAGUGAUGUUGCUGCGCCUUGUACCUCGUAUGGAUUAAUUCUAGUCGGUAUAGUAAUCUUAUUCGUCGUUUUCAUGAAGGCUUAUAACAAUGUAGUGUUUACGCAUGAAGCAAUUGAGUUAGGAAAACGAACCAUCAGAAGAGGUUCGACGUUAUUAGUAAAUGGACAACACAAAUUAUUGAUGACACGAGAAUCAUAUAUUCUGCUCAAUAACGAUAAUGACAAUAAACCAGAGAGGAUAGAGGUCAAGCUAGUAGUAUGAAUUGUUUCUCAGAUAGUACGCGAAAUAAGCGUGCUUAAGCCCGUACAUUGCGCAACGCGACACAAAACUCGCCUCGCAGUAUAGCGUUUCUUUAUCGUACGGUACACCAAAGUUUUCCUUCCAAUUACCUGAAGAAGACGUCGAUACAUAUCGAUUACAAUA